CUUGUCGCAAGGUCGUCAACGUCUUCACCGAGUGCGUCCUAUGAUGCCUCUGGGUGGUGGAACAGGUUGUUUUUCUGCUGGGUCAACCCUGUGCACAUGCGGUGCAUUGGCGGCUCAGUGGCUCCUAAGGAAUUGCCGCGUCUGUGGGCAGGAGAUAUAGGGGAAAUUAAGAGGGAGGCACUAGAUAAGGCAAUCCAAAAGGAAGAGCUCACAAAGAUAAGACCAUCGAUCCUCAGGGCCACCCUAAGUGUGUUCUGGGCACCAAUCUGCAUUGCUUUUGCUUGGACAGCGGUCAGAGAAGUCCUUAAUUUCGCCAACACGCUCCUUCUCAAGGAAUUUCUCAGAAACGAUAGCGCACAAUGGCAAGAUUCAUGGCAUCAGGGCCUCAUCGCGGCUGGCGCUUUAGCUGCGGUUCAGCUGCUGCUUGUUUUCAUGAACAGUCACUUGGACUUUUUCAUUUGUCGCAUAUCCAUUAGAGUCGAGGCGGCAUUGCUUACUUCGCUAUAUAAGCGGAUUCUGAAUGCCGAGGCUCUUGGCUUUGCUGCGGUGACCAUCAAAAGCUUAGCGGCGAGAAGAAAAGCACCUGAAUGCUCAGGAGAUGAUAUAGGGACUAGCCAGACAGCUAGGCAGGCAGCUGGACCGGGAGGACCCAGAGAAGUCACAAGCCGAAAAGGUGCAAUCUUUAGUAUCGUUUUCGUCGACAUUCCGUCGAUUGCAGAAAUGGUAGUAACAUUUGUGGACUUUGCGCUACUCCCAGUGAGAAUUGCGUUAACGGCAACAAUUCUUGUCAUCCAGGUUGGAUCAUCGUGCAUACCUGCAAUCUUAGCUCUACUUGGAAUUGUCUUCUGUGCCGUCGCUUCCGAGGCGUUCAGCAGCAGCCUCAAACUCCAUUUUCUAGUGCCUUCUUGCUUGUUUUUAAGGAAGCAAUCAGCUUCCUCAUCCUUUUUUGCGGCGCCGAUGACUGCUCUGUUGAUUGUCACAGGGCCUGUAACAUCCGUCGCAACUUUCGCCGCAUAUGCCAUUCCGUUUAUUCAAGGGCGAGCUGGAGCACUCACUAUAAGUCCAGCUUUAGUGGUUCCUGUGAUUCAUGCAAUGGAUAACUGCAUCGGCCCUCUUGCCGAUCUACCAUACACCAUAUCGUCUCUCAUUGAAGGGCAGAUCUCUCUAAACAGAAUACGCUCCUACCUCUUCCGCCCAGAAUACUUAGCAGCACGAAGUUCACCAGAAAAAACUGCUGAGUCUGCUGAAACAAAAAGUAGACAACAGCAAAAACUGGAGGAAGAGCCAUUGCUGACGGCUCAAAAGGCAGAAGACAGCAUCCAAACGGAACCAAAAUCGGGAGUAUCAUUGGUCACAAGCCAGGAGCUCAUGGAUAUGGCGCAGAAAAUGCUUCAAGCCAUACAUGAUCCGACGCUUAAAGUCCGCUUCUUGGAUGCCUCGUUUUCUUGGCUCCCUGUCCUUUCCACCCCUGGGGUGUCAGCUGCACCGGAGAGACCCCGGAAGGGCCUCUAUCCGGUCCUUCUCAGCUACGAACAUGAUGAGCAAAGCAUGCAUACAACUUUUUCGCUCGAUAAGAUCACCCUGGACCUCCAUUGUGGUGAAGUUCUCCUGGUUACAGGGCCUCCAGGGAGCGGAAAGACGACGCUAGUUAGCGCCAUCUUGCACAGGGAAGGCCUGCGGCUGAGCGGUGGCGCAUGCUACGUGCGCGACAGCUUUGUUCUGGACAAGAAGCAGAGAGAGCUAAUGGAUGCAGGCAGCACCAAAUUUGACGUUUAUGAGUGCACACUGGAUCGACCGCCUGUUGGAUAUGUUCCGCAAGAAGCGUGGCUUUGCUGUGGUACAGUGAGAGAAAAUAUUGUUUUUGGAGAGGCUUUCAACUCUGAGACGUACAACGCCGUAGUAAACGCAUGCGAGCUGACAAAGGAUUUCGAAUCAUGGCGUCAUGGCGAUCUCCGGGUCAUUGAUGAAGGCGGGUUGGACCUUAGCGGUGGGCAGAGGGUCCGUGUGAACAUAGCAAGAGCCGUUUACAGCUGCAAGCUGUAUCAGAUGAAGGUUGCAGCUUUAGGGAGCGAAGCAAAAGCUCAUCUUCACAGCAAGCAAGAAGAUCUCUCUGAAUGCCUCUGGUCGGAGGUGUCUAGGCAGCUCGACGGUAGUGAGGGAUACGAAGAGUUUAAGAGAGUUGCUGGCAGUUCCCCUCCAUAUCCAGAAACCCCCUCCUUGGGUUGCUUAUCCUGCUUCGAUGAGUGCUUUAAUAGCCUCGAUUUGUCUGUAGCCGGUCAUGUCUUUCAUAAUCUUUUUGGUCCCCAUGGGCUCUUGGCAGACUGUGCAGUGUUAGUAUGUCUGAACGACAGCUCCCUCAUGGGCCUCAUGCGGCAGCAUGCAGGCCAGCACAGCUUCGACGAGUUGCACAGGCAGUAUCAUACAGCAAAACCAGACACAGAAAUCGGUUCGGAGGCGGGAACUGAUGGGCUCAUGCAGUUUUCAGUCUGCCGCUUAAUUCAAGGAGAGAUCACAUGGAGAGGAGGAAUCGACGAACUCAGGGAACUGGUAGGCGGAAAGGAAUUGCCGAUGAAAGAGGACGCAAGGACGCAUAUGGAAACAAUUGAGAACCUAAUGGCAGGGCAUGAGUUUAGCAGGAAAGAAGAUGAAAGUACGCGCGAAACCCACCAGGAUGAGGUUUCCCCUGUCAAAGUGAACCAAGAAGCUUAUGGAUCACCCCGCUCGCUUGCCAUUACUGAACAGUUAUCAAGCGGCCAAGUGCACGCCGCAUCGUACUGCUGGUACCUGAAAAACACGGGAAGGUGCCUAGCACUUUUAUUUUUUGUUGUUCUCAUAUGCGGCUGCCUUUCUGACAUGGCUAGCGAUCUGUGGCUAGCAAAGUGGGCCUCCUUGGAUUCACCAGCCAGUCACCAAGAAAACACCACGUCCAUCCCCUUAGACGGAAUCGUGGGAAAAGACAGCAGCAUGCGCUCUGUCCACGGAUACUUCCUGUGGAUGUUUAUAGGCAUUGUUUCUGUAAAUAUCGCUUUCGAGCUAAGCGAUAAAGCUGUUGCUGCCGCGGGCUCCUUGAAGGCCUCAACCAUCAUGCAUCAAAGAUUAUGGACUGGAGUGUGCAACGCGCCCCUGUGGUUUUAUGACCACAACCCCAUCGGCCGGAUCUUGAACAGGUUUUCUGCCGAUAUUGCAGUGGUCGACUGCGGAAUUUUUAGACGCAUUGGAUACACUUUCACGACUGCCAUCUCAUGUAUUUUUUGUAACUUACAGGUCAAUUCCUGGUCCAACAUUCGCCUCCAGCUUUUGCUGCUGCCUGUGGUUGUCCUGAAUUCCGCUUUACCGCGCCUGCUUAGCUACUCAAACGGCGCUGUACCCGGCCCCAGUGGACACGCACCUGCUAAACAAGCAAACCUAGGGCUGAUAGGGUUAGCCGUUUCAUAUUCGCUUUCACUUGCAGGAGCCCUCCGCAGGUUCCUAUUUAAUAUAACCAACAUGGAAAGGGAUAUGUGCUCUGUUGAAAGAAUCCAGAGCUACAUGAAGGAAACUGAGCUUAAACGAUUGGAUUGGAUUGGCAGCACUGUGCAUUCCAUGGCAGGAGGCCUAGAAGCAGCAAGAUGGAACCGCGAGGUUUGUCUUCCCUCAGCAGUGCUACCGAGAAGGCACUCAGGUCUUCAGUUAUUGAAUGUAGAAGUGAGGUACCGGACCUUUAACCGUGAAGACAUAGGCACGUCUGAUGCACAGCCCGCUGCCAGCAUCGCGAUACCUCUCUCUCUUCCAUCCUCUCUCGACAUCUUAGAGCAAACGUUGCUUCAGUCUAAGCCAGAGGUACAGCUGAGAUCUGAGGGAGUAAGUGUGCCUGAUUUGGAAGCCAGCAGUGCAGACGUUCAACAAGAGCAUUCGGUCGAGGGCCGUCAUGCGUACUUCCUAAAGCCGAGCAUUCGAAACUUUUCCGCACAAAUCAAAGCAGGAGAAAGAAUUGGGGUUGUUGGCCGUACUGGUGCUGGGAAGUCGACGCUGCUACAGGCUUUGUGUGGUUUGAUCCCCUGUUACAAGGGAGCUAUAUUUUUAGACGGCAUCCGGUUGGACUGUCUCCCACGGCAAGUCAUUAGAAGCGUAUUCGGCACGCUGCCCCAAAAGUCAAUCGUCUUUGCAGGAUGGACCGUUCGCGAAGUCUUAGAUCCACGGCGCUUGCACUCAGAUGCGUCGAUAUGGGAGGCUCUUCGGGCAGUAGGCCUCGUCUCGCUUAUCCAGGCUCUCCCUGGGGGUGCUGGUUUGGACACAGUUUUGCAAGGGGGAGGCUGCAGCAUCCCUAGGGUGUCGAAUGGUGGCCAGCUCGCCAGUGAGGGGGGCCAGCUGGCUGCUGCAGAAGAGGGUUCUCCCCAAGCUCUCUCAGCUCGUCAACUGCGGUACCUUGCACUGGGCAGGCUGAUCCUAGAGGGCCCCAAGCUCCGCGUCGUGCUGAUUGACGAGCCGCCGGCGGAAGAGCUCUGGCCUGUAGGUGACUCCAAGGAGAAAGACGAAAACAGCCAUGGUGCUGGUGGAGAGGCGACGAGGCGAGAAGGGCAAAAGGACGGCCAAGGGGGUUCUACGCGUGGAUGGGGGCGGCCAACAGCAGAGAUUCUCUCAGAGCAUCUUAAGGAUUGCUGUGUAGUUGUCGUGGCGCACCAUCUGGCGUCUCUGCGCGGUUGUGACCGCGUGUGGGUAAUGUCGGAUGGCUGCAAAGUGGGGGAGUGUCUGCCUUCGGACAUUGACACAGAGCAAAAGUUUAGCAGCUAUGUGACCGCAUGGGCAAAGGAUAAGGCUGGAAAAAAAGGGGAAAGCAUGCAAUAA